CUUCAGCAGAGCCUAGAAUGCUACCAGAGCUACGGGUUCUGAUAGCAGGGAAUACCGAUAACCCUUGCUACCGCAUCUCGGAUAAUCGCAUUUCAAGCUGAUUGGUUUCCUCCGCGAUGAUUUCGUCGCGACAGGAGUUGCUGGUGGCCCUUCGCGGCCAGCCACGCGAGCUCGCAGCGAAUUUUAAGGCUUUCCAGGCUUACCAGCGCGAUGUCGCCUCGGGAACAUAUUCACCGCAAUCGCCGCUGGUUACGGAGGACUCUUUCGAUCCAACGGAGGAGCUGCCGUGGGUGGAGAAGCUUCUCCAGCUGGCAGCGUGCUUCGCGGAGGUCCAGCUCUUCUCCCGCCGCCUCCUAGAUGCUCGCAGCGCAGCCAUCGGAGCAGCAGCUGCUGCAACGACCGCAGGUGGCGCACCAGGAGGAAUGAUGAGGGACGGGGCCAGCAGCCUGCAGUGCGCGUUCGCGACGAGUCUGCUGGAAACCGCUCUGCUGCCGUACACGCACGCCGUUGACCACCUCUUCUGCUCCCAGCAAUCAAUCAGAGCCGUCUGGGCGAAACUCUCCACAUACGAGCAGCUGCUGACGGGCCUCGUUAGAGUCACAUCUGCUAUAGAGCGAGACAACCUAACAGGCGCGCAUUUGCUUCGCUUUCUGGAGCAGGAGAGCAGCUAUGGGCCCUGCAUGCUAUCUAGCGCCCUGAACGAGUGCAUUCGCCACUGUCAGCGGGUGUGGGUGGGGCAGCUGGCUCACUGGAUGGCCUUCGGCAACUUGCCACUUGAUGGGGCCAUGGAGUUUUUCGUCUCAAGGGCGGCACCUGCUGAAUCACUUGCAGGCAUGGCUGCACCGGGUGCGGGGGCGGAGAGGCGGACAGACGCGUCCAUGGUUUCCUGGGACGAAUACAGCAUUGUUGAGUCCCGGCUGCCCCCUGGCUUCACGCCCGAGACAGCGGAGUCGGCCCUCUUUGUGGGGCGAGCCAUGCUGCUGCUUCAGGUGGCCAGGAGGCGGCGGGAGAACCUGGAGGGUGGGGGGUAUGGUGGCGGCAGGCAUGGGACGCACGAAGCUGACGUGGGGAGGAUACUCGACAGCGUCUUGUCCCUCAGGGAACGCACGGGGCAGGCAUGGGACGAGCAGCGCGUGCACGAGGUGGUGGAGGCGGCGAGGGGAAUAGCAGCGCACCGGCUGUGGGAGCUGGUGGUGCAUGAGAGCGACCUCUUUGGCCAUCUGCAAGCGGUGCACUACUUCCUGCUGGGCGGAGGAGGGGCGUUCAUGCAGACGGUAGGGCAGUCGCUGAGGGAGCUGCUAACUCAGCCGGAUGUGAGGGCCAGGACGGCCAAUGACAAGCUGCAGGUGGCAGUGGAGCAGGCAUCAGCAACGAUCAUAGAGGAGGCGCCUCUCAAGUACUUCCCCAAGUUCACCUUCAAGUUCAUCCCCCCUGACUCCUCAAAGGCACAACCAUCAACCCAGCCUGCCAUGCCAGCUGCAGCAGCGACAGCAGCCGACGCAGCAGCAGUGGGAGUGGUGCGAACGACGGGAGGAGCAGCCGAAAUGGUGGCAGGGGCAGCCGUAGGAGCCGGGGCAGCUGUGGCAGCAGUGGGUACAGGGCAUGGGGGUGGGUCAGGGCUGGUUGUUACUCCGUUCGUCCCCCCGGGUUCAAGGCUGACGAGCAUGGAGACGGCUGAAAGGCACGCACACGGGCAGACGCACACAGGCGCACAUAAACAGCAACCAGGCGAAGGGCAGGGCCAGGGGCAGGUUCAAGUUGUAAGGCAACUGGCAGGGCAAGUAGCCUCGGGCAUAGCAGUGACCCGCACGCACUCAGGCGGUGGAGGGGCGGGAGGCGGAGGUGGGGGAGGAGGAGGAGCGGUGAACUGGUGGGACCGGCUGGUGAUCGACACGGCUGUAGCGUGGCCGCUACAGCUGGUGCUGUCGCCGGCGGCCCUGCAGCGCUACAACGCCGUGGCCGUCUUCCUCUUCCGCCUGCGCCGCGUGGCGCUCGAGCUGCAGCACGCGUGGACGCUGCUCUGCAAGACCAGGCGGGAAGCAGCGAGAAUGAGAGGCCUGCCGGAAAAAGGUGCCAGUGUAGGGUUGAGAGGGGGAGGUGAAGGGUUGAGAGGCGGGGUUGAGGGAUUGAGAGGUGGAGAUGCGGGGUUGAGGGGUGGAGUUGUGGGGCCGAGAGGGGCAGAUGCGAGUGGGGUGCAGGCACAGCAGGAAGGGCGGGUGGAGCAGGGGGGAAGGGGCCAGGAGGAGGGGAUGAAAUGGACGUGGUCUUUGCCAGCGGGAAGUAGGGAGGUUGUGAGGAGCGGUAGCAGUGAUAGUGGCUCUGGCGCUGGUGCUGUUAGAGGGUUUGGUGCUGCUGCCGCCACUGGUGCUGCUGGUACUGGUGCUGCUAGUGGCUUUACUAGAAGUACAAGCACGGCUGGAAUGAGCAGGGGAGGGGCAGGGAGCACGGGAGCAGGAGGCGGGGGGAGUGUGGUGCGCAUAUCUCUGUCGGAGCGCAAGGAGCAUUUGAUGCUGCUGAUGAUGCUGCGGGAGAUGCUGCAGCUGGUGACGAGCCUGCAGAGCUACCUGCACGCGGACGUGGUGGAGGUGGAGUGGGGCAGCUUCCUCGCCUCCAUUCGCGAGAAUCCCGACUUCACCUUUCUUCUGGUUGCCCAUGAGCGUUUCCUCUGCUCGCUGGAGCGGCAUCUGAUGCUGGGCAACGCACACUUCAUGCGCCCCCUGCACUCCCUCCUCUUGUGCUGCAUGAAGCUCUGCCGCCGCCUGCACCACAACGCCCCACUGCCCCUGCCUCUCCUGCAAGACAUGCGCAAGGAGCUGGCUGCUAAGGCGUGUGCUCUAUUUGUGUCGGUGGGAAAGCUGCACCACUCGGUGUCUACACCACAAGUGCACAAGCUGCUAACGCAAGUCAACUUCAACGGUUACUACUCGCUGACCACCAGUUGACAAUCUCUCUAGUUCAUCAUUGUGAUGUGUCGGCCAAUUGAGCAACAGCAGCAAAAGCAGCAGCAGCAACAGCAAGCAAGCAAUGGGGUUCAACUACAGCCUCCAUCGCACGCAUUGUCCUGGAAGAAUUAUUCUGACCAUAAGUUGUUUUACAAGUCUAAAAAUUAGGCACAUGGCAUUGUUUCAUAUAAUUUGUCUCAGAAGGUGUCAAUAAGUGUUCUUGGGUUCACAAAAUGUGAAUUUCAAGCCAUGAUUCUGGGCGCUACACAGGUAACAAACAUUCAUUCGCUGGUGUCCGGUGGUCUUGGUUUCGCCGGUUUGACUUUAUGGCGACAUUCAUGUUCAUGUAAGAAUUGAACUUGUAUACUUAUGCUUGUUGCGGGGAGUUUUUUCGUGUUCAUUGAGCGGGUGGAAGCAGGGUUCUCUUUUGGAAAAAAACGUGUCUGAGCAAUCAGACACGUUCUGCGCAC